AUGACUUGUGCUCGUCCAUCAAGGUGGGACUCAGAGUGUGCCGAGGACAGGUAUGUAUUUACAACAAAUAUGGAGACAGGUUACCCCCAAAAACAGUAUCUUCCGGCUCUUUUAGUUGGCUUUCUUGAUAAGGUGGAUGAGGCUUACCUUCAGUCAGCAGUUUCUCCUAAUCUGACCACAACUCAUGUAACCGAAUUCAUCAUCUAUGGCUUCCCAAGUCUUCAGAAGUAUCCCAUCCUACUCUUCUGUGUGUUUUUCUGUAUAUACCUGUUCACUAUCACUGGAAAUGGAAGUAUCUUAAUCUUGGUCAUUCUUGACCGACGGCUCCAUACUCCUAUGUAUUUCUUUGUCAGUAAUUUAUCUUUCCUUGAUUUGAGUUACGCAACAGUGACCAUCCCGAAGAUGUUGGCCAAGUUCUCGAUGAACCUCAACACCAUUUCUUAUACUGGUUGCUUUGCUCAAAUGUACGUCUUUGAGUCUUUAACAGCAACAGAAUGUUUACUUCUGACGGUAAUGGCUUAUGACCGAUAUGUCGCCAUCUGUUCUCCUUUACAUUAUUCGACCAUUAUGACUAAGAGAUGGUAUCUACAGUUGAUGGCUAUGACGUGGUCAGGUGGCUUUCUCGCUCCACUACCCGUCUUAAUCUUAGCCUUGAAGUUACCGUUUUGUGGCCCUAAUAUCAUCCAUCAUUACUACUGUGACCAUCCACCAUUGUUGCAGUUGGUCUGCACCGACACCUCCUUCAACGUAGCAGUCGGUUCCUCCAUCGGAGCAUUUAUUCUUCUAAUAUCAUUUACCCUAGUGGUUAUUUCGUACAUUAAAAUCAUAUUAAGCAUUCUCAAAAUGAAUUCCAAAAAAAGACGCGUGAAGACGUUUUCCACGUGUGCCUCACACUUUGCCGUGGUCAGUAUCUUCUUCUUACCACUAAUCUUCAUGUAUGUCCGGCCACAGGCUUCCUACUCCUCAGAUGUGGACUCUCUGGUGGCCUUACUAUACACAGUAUUAACACCUAUGAUGAAUCCGAUUAUAUACAGCCUCAGGAACAAGGACAUUAAAGAAGCUUUCAAGAGGCAGGUUUCCAAACUUGGGUUGAUAGUUCCAAUUAAUGUAUUAGUGGCAACUAAGCAGGUGUUCGAAGGGUACUAA